AUGUCUUCCAACACUCAAGUUUAUAGUACGAAAGAAGUUGAAACUCAUACAACUGAACAAUCAGCUUGGGUAAUCAUUGAAGGAAACGUUUAUGAUGUUACUGAUUUUCUAGAAGACCAUCCUGGAGGAAAAGAAAUUUUGUUGUCUAACUGUGGUAAAGAUUCAACUGAAUUAUUUCAAGAAUAUCAUACUAAAAAAAUUUUAGCUAAAACAGCUGAACCUAUGAAGAUUGGUGUAAUAGCAGCGGAUUCAAAAAUCUAA